AAACGUCAUCACUUCUGAUUCAAUAUCUUAAGCGUCUCCCCCUUCAUCUGACCCUUUUUGGUAUAAUAUCAGAUUGGUCAUCAUCUUUUUCUUUGCUUUUGGUUAGCUACCGGAUCGACUUUACCCUCUUUGGUGACGUGGACAAGGUUUGGGAAAGCUCCUUUCUCUAGAAAGCUGUAUUCUAUCCUUACUGCACAAUGGAUUCAACUGUACAUACACCUGCCUCAACUGCAGAAACAGCGGCCACAACUCCUGCCUCUCAAGAUGGUUCAACGAUAUCACAGAACAAUCCAAAUUCAAGACUAGGAGGUCAUGCUGCAAAACAAAGCGUGGCUAACGCAGCGAUGCUCUUUGCAGGAGGUUCAGAUGACCCAUUUGCAUCUUUUGGUGCGAUCGAAGAAGAGCCUGAACUAGCAGCAGAAGCAGUAGAAUCUCAUGAUCCAUUCUCGACAAAUGGACAUGCUCCAGCGCAAGAUCAGCACAAUAAUGGCUCUUCUAGUCUCGGCCAUACGAACGUCACAGAAUCACAUAAUAUUCCAUCAAAUCUGGCCAUCCCUUCUAACAACGCAGAUCAAGCCACAGCUAGCCUUGCAAGCCCACAUACUCCAAGUAAUUUGUUCGCUGAUAAGUCUUCAUCGGAUCUUUUUGGACCGCCAAAUCCCACUGGCAAUGAUGAUUGGCUAGGUGGAGAUGCAGCGCAGGAGCCAGCGAACGAUUCGCAUCAACAGCAAGUAGAUCAUUAUGGUCAGUAUGAUCAGAGUGGACAUGCAAAUCACUAUAGCCAAGAAGGCUACAAUGCGUAUGCACCACAAGAUUCGAAUGGCCAACAGGGAUAUGAACAGCAAUAUGCGUACAACAAUUACGAUCAAAGCCAGCAACAGUACCCUGGGCAUGAGCAGCAUCAGUAUACCGGGUACGAGCAGCCACAAGAGCAGGCUGGAUAUGAUCAAGGACAAUACGCUGGAUAUGCUGCUCAACAAGACAAUGGCUACCAUCAGCAUCAGUACUCGGGCUAUGAUCAACAGCAAUAUACUGGUUACGAUCAAAAUCAGUACGCUGGAUACGAUCAACACUCGCAAAAUGGCUAUCAACCGCAAAGCACAGGUUACGAUCAGCAGCAGCAGACUGGAUAUCAGCCUCAGAACACAGCGUAUGAACAGCCCCAGCAAAACGAAUAUCAACCUCAAAAUCAAGCAUACGAUCAUCAACAAUAUGCAGCAUACAAUGGUUAUGCACCACAACAGCAAGGAGGUUACGAAGCAUACAAUGAAUUACAACCUCAGGCAGGUCAUGACUAUUAUGCACAACAGCAAGAACAGCAUACAGCCUAUGAUCAGCAGCAAUCCGAUUAUGGGCAACAGCAGCAGCAGCCGACCUACUCCGCCUACGAGCCGCAACAUGGCGCCCAAGAGCAACAGCCGGAGUAUGGACAUCAAGAUCACAAUCCGGAGCAUCAACAACAGACAGAAUACGGCGCGUACGAGCAGCAGCCUCAACAAGAAACAAAAGGUCAUGAUCAACAGCAACCUUCGUAUGCCGCGUAUGACCCAGAGACUACUGAGAUAAAUUCAGGAUUCGAAGGGUAUACACAAGGAUAUCCUACCGAAGCAGGUCAAGAUCAUUCCGAUCAAAAGAACUACUCAGGCACUCAAGCGUCAUCAGCGUACGAUCACAGCGAGCCUGUCAAUCUUGAAUCUGCGCCGAAUGAACCAUUCGCUGGCUCAAAUGGAGGCAUCGAAGGUGGUGUAGAAGAAGGAAUUGUUGCUCAGGACGUCUAUGGAAAUGAAGAAGGCCAUGUAAGCCAAAUUGGCCUGGACAAUUCAGAUACGCUAGAUGCAGAGGGUCUCACUGGUUCUCAAGAGCCCAAGAAUGAUUUCUUUGAAGUUUCAGGCCCCAACCAAAAUGGCGAGAAAGAGAGAGGAGUAGAUGCAUACAACCCUGAAGACCAAUCCAAUGGUUAUGCUCCAAAUCCUUACGCUCCGCAGUAUGGGCAAAGUAUAGAAGGAGUAGAUCACGAGCAAUCAUCCUUGCAAGACCGACGUCCAUCGCAAGGUACUUACUCAUCGUACGCACCAGAAGAUCAGGCAUCUUAUGCUCCGCCAUCGCAUACAUCAGAGCAGGCGUACGCACCUUAUGCACCCUCUCAAUCGCAACCAGAAGAGCAAUUGUAUAAUCCAUAUGCGCCAUCAACACAAGGAUAUACUCCUUAUGCGCCUGCGGAAGAUCAAGCGAAUGUUUCGUACGCUCCUCCAUCGCAAUCGGAAGAAAAUGCGUACGCACCCUAUGCUCCUCAAUCACAUGCAGAAGACAAUGCAUACACACCUUAUACUCCAGCAGGACAAGUAGAUGACUAUGGCUUUGCAACAAAUGCUACUCAAAGUGCAGCAACGACGAAUGAGUACUCGGCGUAUGCACCCACAAGUCAAAGCUCAGCAUAUGAGCAAACACCAUAUGGUGCUGAUCGUGCACUUUCCUCGUACGGUGGAUCACAUUCAGGCGCGCAACAACAUGAGACCAAUCCUGGCCGAGCAAAAAUACCACUAGCAUGCUUUUCAAUCGAUGGCAAGCUGAUCACAUAUUUCCCAACUUCGAGUGUAUCAAAUCAAGAUCUUGCCAAUGGAUCAUCAUUUGGAAAUGGAUAUGGUGCUUUGCAAGGUUCGACUCCAUCUCAAGUGACGAUUCGUUCUUUGUCAAGCGUGAUACCUUCAACAACGUAUGCCACCAGUAUGAAACCUUCAAGCUGUCCUGGUCCGCUUUUCGAGAUCGGAGGAUCGCAGAUCAGUGCACUUUCAAGGGCAACGGGUUCUGCAGCUUCGACAAACAAGAACAAAAAAGCAGCAUUGAUCAAGCAUUUACAAGAUGCGGCCAAUGAUCUUUCGAGCGGUUUGAGCUAUUAUCAAGCAAGUAAGCAUGCUUUUGAGCUCAAAAGGCAAGAAGACAGAAUCUUGCUCAUUCGUAUUCUAUCAUUAUUGCUUGAGCACGACGGAAAUAUGACCAGUAAUACAGCAUUCGAUAAAGCUGUCAUUGAUUUGAUGCUCGCUGAAGAUAGCGAUCAAUCUCAUGCAAGCACGGAGCAGCAUGCAAAUUCCACGUCGGCUUCGGUGGUCCCAUCGCAGGAGGAGAGAAAGGUAUUACGAGAGGUUGAGCAUUGCCUCAUCAAGGGUGAAAGGAGAGAUGCAGUAACAUUGGCCAAAGACAAUAAGUUGUGGACACAUGCUGUGAUCAUUGCUAGCGGGAUGGACAAAGAUACAUGGCAAGAUGUAGUCAGAUCGUUCAUGGAUGAAACACUAGACGAUAGAUCUGAUCAAACGUUAAAGACUGCAUAUGGACUAUUUUCGGGUCAAGAUGUGAAGGCGACAUAUGACCUUUUCCGACCAAAACAAUCGCUCAAUACAUUUUCUGCGCCUACAGUAGGCGUAGAGCAUGACGAGAAUUCAGAAGCAGCAAAGCAAAGUCUUGAAAGAAGAAAGGACUGGAAAAGAAGCGUAGCAAUGAUUCUGGCUAAUCGUUCAUCAAGUGAUUUAUCGCAUUUGACGGCUAUUGGAGAUGGUUUGAGCGUUGGAGGUUGGCUAGAGGGUGCACAUGUAUGCUAUCUUUUGUCCUUGCCUACCUCAGGCGUAGACGGUUUUGAUGGACCAGGAGGUGCUCGGUUGACUUUACUUGGCACACACAGCCCAGCCGCAAGUUCUGCUUACCUGCGUGAUCUAGAUGCAAUUAUUCUUACAGAAGUUUUGGAAUUCGCUUUGAGCCUACGCACUGUGCCCAAAGGAGGUGAACAAUUCCAAGGCUUGCCACAUCUACAAGCAUAUCGUAUCGUUCACGCUUUGUUCUUGGCAGAAAUGGGAGAGACAAAGAAAGCCUUGAAGUAUUGCGAAGCAAUCACCAAUCUUCUCAAAUCUGGAAAGAUGAACAAAUACUACCAUCCAGGUCUACUGCAACACUUGCAAGAGCUUUCUGACCGUCUUAGCGGAGGUGAUGGAAAGAACAGUAGUCCCAACAGUGCAGGAAGCGGAUCUUGGGCAAAGAAGAAGCCAACAAUGGAUGGGGUUUGGGGUGCUCUAGAGAACAGGUUUACCAAAUUUAUUGCUGGAGAGGACGAUGCUUCAAAUACCAGUAAAGACUCAGCUACUGCUGCAGGUCAGAAUGGUAGCACUGGUAAAACGAACAAUCAAGUUGGAGCUUUCACGCAUUACAGUGCUAUCACCCCAGAAGCUACUUCGAGAGACGUCUCUCGCGUACAAUCGUAUACUGAUUUCCAUAAUUCAAGCUCAGGUCAACAUCCAUACAAUGCCUAUGGAGGUUUGUCUUCCUCGCAUGCUCCACCACAUUCAACCUCGUCCAAUGCAUCUUUCAGUCGCCCCGCUUCUCGUGCCAGCAGCACAUUGGAUGUCCACGGCAGUACAGGUCGAUCAAUUGUGUCGCCAUUAAGUCAAGCUCAUCAAUCCAAUGCUGGAUACGUAUCGUAUGGUUACGCAAAUCGUAAUCCUGCGUCUGCUUCAGCCACAAUGACAACGAAUUCUUCCUCAACCGAAGAGCAAGCGUAUAGCGAUUGGCCAACGAGUGCAGGUCCUUCUCAUCGUUCUCGUGAUCACAGUCAUUUGUCGCGGGGAAUGGAUUCGUCUUUUGAAACUGAAUCAUUCGAAGGACCUUACAAGACGUCAACUACGCGAAAUGCGCCAUGGAACGAUGGCAGUUCGUUCAGCGGAGGCGAUAGCACAUUGCAUGCGCCACAUGCCAAUGGACAUGGAGCAGAAGGAUCGUACGAAGAAGACGGUGGGCAGACAACAGGUGAAAGUGACAGGUAUGGAGCUUCGAGCAAUUAUACGACAUCGGAAGGUCAGCCUUAUUAUGGUUACGAAGCACAUGGAGCAACGGAGUCGACUUUUGUGUCAAAUGUCGAUCACGAUCUCAACGAUGGAGGCGAAGGCCAAGACCUUUUAUCGCCAAUGGAUGCUUUGGGUGGAACACCUACCCCAACUUUCAACACAUAUGCUCCGCAUUCAAACGCCAGACAAAAUAGACAUAUUGAUGAUGACGAUGACGAUGAUGACCUAGGCUUCGGAAAUACUGGAAACAAGAGGGUUCAACGAAAUGCAGCUGGUCAGAAUAACGAAGAUGAUAUGAAUGGAGAAGACGACUCAUCACCUGGAGUGACACCAAAAGCCAGUACUUAUGAUCAAAAGAUGGGGGGAAGAGGUGAAAGCGAAGGUGAUAAAUCGACAGAUUCAGCAAAGACGGUUGAUAAGCAAAGUGACGAACAAAAGCCAUCUAGCUGGUUCGGUAUCGGAAGAUUGUGGGGUUCAAGAAAAGGUACACCAGAUCCAACGGAAGCCAAAGCUACGAAGGCACAUAUGGGUAAUGAAUCUUCAUUCUAUUACGAUAAAGAAUUGAAACGAUGGGUGAACAAAGCAGCAGGUGAUACACCACAAGCUGCUACCCCACCACCACCACCUCCCCGUGCAGCAACAGCAUCGCCGUCAGUUGGACGUCCGAUGGGUGCUCCUCCUUUGCGUGAAGCACAAAGAGCAGUUUCAAGUUCUCAUCUUGCCGGAAGUGGGGGACCUCCUCCUGCGAGAUCAUCUCCUUUCUCACCACCUCCACGAUCAUCCACCUCUUCAACCAUCAGCGAAUUGGGCGAAGAUGGAGAAGGAGAGCCUGGCAAUGCUUCACCACCAGUCCGUCCACCCAAUUACUCUACUUUGUCUACCGGCAGUUCAGGACCUAGAGCAAGAUCCAAUCUGGCCGAUCACAGUCAGCCACCAGCUCUUCAAUCGAACAGGUCGUUUUCGGCAAUGUCGGAUGCCAGUGCAGCAGGUGGAGCAACAGGAUCUGCUCCGCCUAGACCACCACCAGGAGGAAGUAUGAAGAAGAAGCCGAUCAGUAAACGAUAUGUGCGUGUGGAUUAAAUGGAUUUUACGAUUGAUGCAAUUUUCAUGCUUUUUAUAAAACAAGAUUUAUAUAUAAAUUUUUUGUGACUUUUAAACGAUUUGUAAUGUAAUACGCUUCCUCAUGAAAUUUACUUAGAAGUGUGCCUUUUUUUUAUCGCAAAAAUGAAUGUCAUUGCCAUUUGGUAUGCUACAAUUCUCCCUUU